ACCAUUCCAAUUUUCAAACCGUCCCCCUGUUUCAAACUCCCACGACACACCAACACCAACAAAAACAACAACAAAUGUAAUAUUUUCAACUAUCACACAUUUCACAACUCCACCCCCAUUUACAGUUUCGUGGAAAAAUCCCCCUGCAAGCCCUGCAGUUUUUCCCUGCCAAAGAAUCCCCCCAUUAGUUAUUUAUUGCGACCCUACUUUUUUUUUGGUCAAAGACGUCCAAGCUCAACGAGAUUUCUUACGGUCAAGAACAUGUUGGAGAUUUGCAUGAGGCCACUGGAGAAGUGCUUCGGAGGAGGAGAUCGAAGAGACGAGCUGUUGUGGCACAUCGACUUGAAGCCGCAUGCUGCAGGGGACUACUCCAUAGCAGUUGUGCAAGCGAAUUCUUCUUUGGAGGAUCAAGGACAGGUGUUUACUUCUCCUUCCGCCACGUAUAUUGGGGUCUACGAUGGUCAUGGCGGACCUGAGGCUUCCCGUUUCAUCACUCACCAUUUGUUUCCUUUUCUUCAUAAGUUUGCAUCGGAGCAUGGAGGGGUAUCAGCAGAAGUAAUAAGGAAGGCGUUUGAAGCUACUGAAGAGGAGUUUUUGCGCUUAGUGAAGAGAUCAUGGCCAUCUAGGCCACAGAUUGCUUCAGUUGGUUCAUGUUGUCUUGUUGGGGCCAUUGCUAAUGGUGUUCUAUACGUGGCUAAUCUUGGAGACUCGAGGGCAGUGCUUGGCCGGGGAGGGUCCCCAAAUGGGACCAAUAAUCAGUUGGUAGCAGAACGGUUAUCAACUGAUCAUAAUGUUGGUGUGGAAGAGGUGAGGAAGGAGGUUGUAGCACUUCACCCCGAUGAUUCUCACAUCGUGGUGAAUAACCGUGGAGUUUGGCGGAUAAAGGGCAUAAUUCAGGUCUCGAGAUCAAUUGGAGAUAUAUAUCUAAAGAAACCUGAGUUCAACAGGGAUCCUCUAUUUCAACAAUUUGGAUUGCCAAUUCCUUUGAAAAGACCUGUAAUGACAGCAGAGCCCUCAAUAUUAAUUCGGAAGUUGAAGCCUGAGGACUUGUUCUUGAUAUUUGCAUCAGAUGGCCUUUGGGAGCAGUUAAGUGAUCAAGCAGCUUGUGAGAUUGUUUUGAAAAGUCCUAGAGCUGGAAUAGCAAAGCGAUUGGUAAGAGCUGCACUUAAGGAGGCUGCAAAGAAAAGAGAAAUGAGAUACCAGGAUAUUAAAAGAAUUGAAAAAGGGGUAAGACGCCAUUUCCACGAUGAUAUCACUGUUAUAGUCAUGUACUUGGAUCAUCCAUUGAGCUCUUCUAAUGGUAGACUCAAGGAUCGAAAUUUUGUCGACUGGACUAGCGCCCCUGUUGACAUCUUCUCUCCGAAUGCUGAUGAAGCAGAUGUCUCGUUUCAUCCUGUUCACUAAACAGCACAACCAGGACAAGCUGGUAUUCUCUUUUCUAGUGAAUGAACACGUUAUUUAUGCGAAAUAGAUAGAUCCGGUUGGACUGGUCCUGAGAAGAAAAUGGGAUUUUGAAAUAAUGAUCAUUAGAGCUUGCUGUAUAUAUAUUUUGUGUAUUUUAGAGGUGCCAAAUUGAAGCUGCUGCUCACUUCCCAGCUUGGGUUUUUCUUGGUCAUCUACAAUAGUUCCCUCUUUUAUGGAGAAUUACCUAUGCAUACAAUUUGUUCUUUUAUUCUGUAAGAUAAUACACAGAAAGAAUAGGGAAAUUGUUUGUAUACAAUUUGUUAUCUUUAUAUGCCAAUCAUCCUUUGGAUUAGCAUUUCCUGACGUGUAGGCCAGACUUUGCUCAGGGUAAAAACCACAGUAAAGGUGGUAUAUAUUACCUAGAAAUAACAGAUUCCGAGGUUUGGUGCCUGGUUCGUA